GUUAUCUAUGGAUGCAGAACAAAAAUUUGAAUAUUUUCGUCAAAAUGCAUCAGCGUUUAAGCGUAAUUACGUCCAAUAUUACCUAAGGACUCCGGUUUUAAACAUCAUCGAUGCCAACGACGCUGAGUUAGUACUAAACGAUCCCCGACUACUUUCUAAAGGAUUGGGUUACAAGUUCUUGCAUCCGUUUAUUCAGACGGGCUUGCUGACAAGUGAUGGUGAGAAAUGGCGCAGCCGACGUCGUCUACUUUUACCAACAUUUAAUUAUAAUAUUCUACAACAAUUUGUGGAUAUAUUCAAGCAAGAAUCUUUAAAUUUUGUAGAAACUUUGAACACACAUUUCAAAUCUGAAGAUAACAAUGCUGUAAUAUUGCUGAACAAAUUAAUGCCUAUUUUGACCUUAAACAAUAUAUGUGAAACUGCCAUGGGUGUACACCUGGACGAUCGUCUGGAUUGUAAUGAGUAUCGUCAACACUUUGCCAAAAUUGAAAAGAUUUUUUUUGAGCGCACCACUAAUCCAAUCAUGAUUUUCGACUUCAUUUACUUUAAAACAAGAGCCGGUAAAAAUUAUUUAAAAACUAUGGAAACGUUGCACGCCUUCUCCAGCGGAAUUAUAGAAAAACGUCGCAAACUACUAAGCGAUUUAGAGAAAUCUUCAGAAAAUUCCAGCAUACCAAAUGAUGAAGACAUGCACUACUCCAAACAACGUUACGUCUUGUUGGACAGUCUUUUGAGGGCUGAGAAGGAGGGUUUAAUCGAUCAUGCAGGCAUUUGUGAGGAAGUCGAUACCUUUGUUAUAGCAGGUUCCGAUACAACCGCUAUAGGCUUGAUUUUUGCCUUCAUGAACCUUUCCCUUCAUCCCGAGGUGCAGCAGAAAUGUUAUGAAGAAAUGCAGGAGCAUAUUAGCGAUGAUCUUUCCAACUUGGACAUGGCAAACUUGGCGAAACUUCAAUAUUUCAAUUGUGUUUUGAAAGAGUCGCAACGUCUAUAUCCCACGGCACCAUAUAUAUCAAGAGAAUGUAGCGAGGAUACUGUCUUCAAGGGGAACAUUCUAUUGCCGAAGGGAACACAGAUCAAUAUACACAUCUAUGAUAUACACAGAAGUGCCAAAUACUAUGAAGAGCCGGAAGUCUUUAAGCCGGAAAGAUUUUUACCCGAGCAAAGAAAAAAUCACCCAGCGUCUGCCUUUUUCCCCUUCAGUGCAGGACUUAGGAGUUGUAUUGGAGAAAAAUUUGCCAUGCUGGAAAUGAAAACUUUAAUGGUUUUGGUACUUAAAAACUUUAUUUUAGAACCGAUCACUUAUCCCGACGAAAUUCGUUGCUCUAUUGGUGUUGCGUUGCGAUGUUCUCAUGAUAUAAAAAUCAAGCUAAGAAGAAGAUAUUAGAGGAUUUAUCAUUUUUAAAAAUUAUCUCCAAUUAUAUCUAACCUUAAAACAAUGAAACAAGAAUAAAUAAAGCAAACGUCUGUCUCUCCCCUUGUCGCCGCAAAUAUAAA